GAAAGUAGCUAAAUUAAAAGCUCUAUAAAUAGCCAGUGGUUCUGCAGUAAGGACCAAAGGUGCUGGCUGGCUAAGAAGRCAGAUCAUUCUCCAUCAGCUUGCAAAUCUGCAUCAUUUCGUCAUCUACACCAUGAAGUUGUUGGCUGUGUUCUUCCUUCUUUUCUCCAUAAUGGAGAAAUACUCACUGGCACAUGGUGAUGAACAAGUUAAUUUGCUCCGGAGAUCUGYUGAUUGUCCCUCUGGCUGGACUGCAAUCAAUGAUCGCUGUUUCAGCUACAUUGACAAAACCUUGACUUUUCCUUCAGCUGAGAAACACUGUCUGACCUUGGAUGCACACCUUGCAUCAGUUCACAGCCAAAGCGAUCAUGACCAGAUCAAGAAACUGAUAUCAAAGGCAACUGGUAGCGACACUGCAGCAUGGAUYGGAGGCUCUAACACACUGCAGUCAAGGGUUUUUAAGUGGACCGAUGGAACCCCUAUGACCUACACAAACUGGUGUAUUCAUCAGCCUAAUGGAAUUGUGCAUCGGUUCUGCAUUCAGAUCAACACUACAUUUGACAAGUGCUGGGAUGACGUGAGUUGUCCUCUUAGGAUGCCGUUUGUCUGCGUCAAGAAAAACACACCACCCAAAGCUGCGGCUUAAAACAGAUCCAGUGGAGGAUGACUGCUGUGGUGGAAAAUUACUACAAGUUAACAGUUGCUGAUCAUGUUAUGUUAAAUGCUUGUUAACUCUCACCAAAUUAAGUUAUUUGCUCUACAUGUACAAGGUUGAAAGUUGUUUCCCACAGCCGCAUGAGAACCAGACUGUCUUACCCAUUUGUUUUGAAUUCCUUAUUCUUGGUAUAAAACUCAUGUGUUGACUCUGCCUGGCAGAGCUUUUCAUGCAGACCUGCUUCAUGAUUGAUUGUCCUAUGAGCUCUCUGAGUUUUGCACAAUUCAUAAAUAAACCUGAUUGAGUGAUUUUACCUGAA